AUGGAACCUUCGGAAAACGAGAACAUACAUGGUGAUGAGACUGAGAUGGAAGGAAAYAAGGAACAAGUAACAACCGGUGAUGAUACUUACGAACCCAUAAGCAUGCCUGUAGGGACUARCACGRRCAAUAWACCACCGCAAAAAAGAUUAAAGUCGGUUGUUUGGAAUCAUUUUGAACAAGUGUAUGUUGAUGGUGUUAGACGAUAUGCAAGAUGUAAUUAUUGCAAUAAACAACUGACGGGUAGAGCCAACGAUGGAACUACACAUUUGAAGGACCAUUUUAAGAAUUGCCCAAGAAGAGUUACAAAGGAUAUUAGACAACAUAUCCUAGUUCAGGACCAAAAGGCUUCAGACGGAAAGGGGAAAAUGAGUAAAUAUUCAUUUAAUGCUGAACUUUGUAGGGAAGACUUAGCUAAGAUGAUUAUUAUACAUGAUUAUCCGCUUUCUAUUGUCGAGCACUAUGGUUUUCGAAAAUAUUCAGAAGGUCUCCAACCUUUAUUUAAGGUACCAUCUCGAGCAACAAUAAAGAGUGACAUAAUGAGUAUUUAUGAAAAACAAAAAGGUUACACUUUGCGGUGUUUGGAUGAGAAUGAGAGUAGGAUUGCCUUAACUUCAGAUAUGUGGACAGCAAGUAACCAAAAGAAAGGUUACAUGGCGAUUACGGCACAUUAUAUAGAUGGCAAAUGGAAUUUACAAAAUCGAAUCAUCAGCUUUAUACACGUGCCAUCUCCWCAYACGGCCGAAGCAUUGUCACAAGCUAUGAUGGAGUGUCUUCUCGAUUGGAAUGUCGACAACAAGGUGUCAACUUUGACUCUUGACAAUUGCUCGACAAAUGAUGCAAUAAUCGACAAGCUUUUAGUUCUUGAUUGCAAGACAAGGUGGAAUUCGGUAUAUCUUAUGUUAAAUGUUGCUUUGGAGUAUAAGGACGUCUUUAGUCGUUUGAGCAAAAAGGAGAGAAGUUAUGUUUGCUUGCCUAGUGAAGAUGAAUGGGCAAUGGCGUCAAUUGUUUGUGAAAAGUUAAAGUUAUUUUAUAGUGUAACGGAAAAGUUUUCGGGAACAUUAUAUCCUACAUCAAACAUCUUUUUUCCGUUGAUUUGUGAAAUGAAAGUGUCUUUGUUGAGUUGGAGAAAUUCUGUUCAUGAUGUUAUUAGGCAAAUGGCAUCAUUAAUGUUGAUCAAGUUCAACAAAUAUUGGAGUGUCAUACAUGAGGUUAUGAGUAUAGCAAUUGUGUUAGAUCCUAGAUAUAAGUUGAAGUUAAUAAAUUAUUUCUUUCCGAAAAUCUAUGGUGGUGAGGCAAAAAGUGAGGUUAUGAGGAUACGUAACCUAUGUGUCGAGUUGUUCAAAGAGUAUAAGAAGAAGUAUGCCGACAAACCUUCACAAAAAGGACAAUCAACAGCUAGUUCCUUAGAUGGAGAUGAUUUCACUUUUGACAAACCUACAUGGGAGAUKGAUUAUGAGUCUAUGAUGUGUGAUGAUGACAUCUUGACAACAAGUGAAUUGGAUGAUUAUUUGGCCGAAAAAUGCAUGGGUGGGAAGACAGGUGGCCAAGGUCAAGCAAGCUGGGUGGUGCAGAACAUUGGAUGCUCAGUUAUCAGAGACAUCAACGUCAACUUCGCUCAGCUUAUAUUUGCCGAUCUGGUCUCAACUAUUGAACUUCGCCUUAUCCCCAAGGAAUCUGUUGUUACCCUCCCAUCCUCUUCAACAAUAUAUUCAGUUGUUUUCGUAUGUGUGGCUCCUAACCCAACCACUUCAGUGACUCAAAUUACUGAAUGUCUGAUUCCCAGCAUAUCCACUACUGAACCUUCACAUCUUUUUUCAACAAUUCUCUCCUCCCCUCCUUCUUUGAUCUCUAUUACACGUGCUGAUGAUCCCAUAGUGGUUGCCCCCACUAUUGGUGAAGCCAUCACCACAGGACCUGAGGAUGCUCCUCUCAAAUCCCCUCAGAUACAUGUUGUUGAUCCUCAAGACAACUGCUCUCCUAUUUCUACAUGUCCAAUGGAGAAUGAACCCCCAUUCAUCGAGACUGAUGCCUAUGACAUGGUUGGGGAUGUCAAGCUGCUGCUCCCUAUCAUUGCAACCGUCCUCUACAAGAUAGAUGAAGUGCACCGAGAAUGCCCUCAAAGGAUGACCUGA